GGCGCCGUUUGUGCCAUAAAUAUAUUUAUAAAAAUAAUGGGGAUAUACAGAAAUGAAAGCAAUAUAUAAUAUAAAUCUCAUUAAACUAUUAAAAUAUAUCACACAUUUCAUAUUAUAUAUCAAUGCCGAAAAGAAAUAAUUCACAUCGCAUUUUUAUCCCUAUCCGCUUUUAUUUCCAUCACCGCAGUUUAAAAAUAUCCAUCAAAUAGCGUGUGCCAAAAUGUAAUGUUGGUUGCGGUCGGUAGCCGCAGUUUCUAUAUUCAGCGGCGCGAUGUGAUUCGCGCAAUCAGCUGUUGGUUGUCUUGAUGAUUUUUGCGGUUGUUUUCGUCAACUGGCAGUAACAGGUGAAAAAAGUGCAACAUUUAAUUAGAAUAAUUUUAAUUCGCAAUCCUUAGACAUUCAGUCCGACUAUGGAAAUUCAACAUUAUUUUGAAGAAAUAAUUGUGGAUGUUGAUCAACUGGACUACUUAUUAAUGCACAACAAUCAUGAUGUCAGGCUAUUAGAAGAAGGUGGUCUCAAAAUGGAAAACCAUUGCCAUGCUUUUAGUGUCCUGGUCAGUGCUUGUGAAAAUGUUCCUGAACUACAUGCCAAGCUCUGCAGAGUAUAUACAUUAAUUUGGACUUUACUUCAGAUAGUGGAAAAUAAACUGGAAGGCUGUGGUUUACCUGACUGGCCAUCAUUCCAACUAAGUCUCCUACCUACACAAUCUGUAGGCAGACCAAGCUAUGAUAUUCAAUAUGACCAGGUAGCGUUCUUGAGAAAUUUGGGCAUGUCUUGGUCUGGGAUAUCAAAAGCUCUUAAAAUAUCAAGGCGGACCUUGUAUAGGAAGAAGGCAGAAUGGUCCUUUGAAAAUAUUGAAGCUAACAUUUCUAACGAAGACUUAGCAGUAUUAAUUCAGGAAAUUUUAACUCAAACGCCAAAUGCAGGCGAGGAAUAUGUGUUGGGAAGUUUGAGAGCUCGAAAAGUUAGCGUUGCAAGAUGGCGAGUCCGAGAACAAUUACAUGCCCUUGAUCACUUGGGUCGUGCAUUGCGUCGACGUACCACAAUUCAGCGGCGUAUAUAUCAAGUUAAAGGAGCUAAUUAUUUAUGGCAUAUUGAUUCAAAUCAUAAACUUAUUUCAUAUAGAUUAGUUUACCAUGGAUGUAUAGAUGGAUACAGUCGCCUUUUGAUAUACCUCAGAUGCCUUACUAAUAAUAAGGCGGCAAGUGUGUUAGAAUUGUUCAAACAUGGUACAAAUUUAUUUGGGAUUCCAAGUCGUGUGAGAGGUGAUAGAGGGGUUGAAAAUAUACAUGUAGCCCAAUUUAUGUUGAACGAAAGAGGUAUUGAUAGGGGUAGUUUUAUUGUUGGGCGUUCGGUGCAUAACCAGCGGAUAGAAAGACUAUGGGCUGAAGUAAAUCGAAUAGUGACGCGGCAUUUCAAAGAUUUGUUUCUUUUCAUGUCAUACAACGAUUAUCUGGAUGAGCAUUCUGAUAUAGAUUUAUUUUGCCUACAUUACGUUUUCCUUCCACGGAUUGAAAAAUGUUUGGAGGAAUUUGUCAACCAAUGGAACCAUCAUAGUUUAAGUUCAGCAAGAGCGAAGUCUCCAUUUCAACUAUGGUCUCUAGCACAUUUGGAAGGACAACAUUAUGAAAAUAUUGUUGGAAUGGAAGAUGACGCAUACUUCGAAAACCCAAAUUUAUACGGACUUGAUGAAAUGGGACCUCCUCCAGAAAUUGAAACCAGCAAUAGUGUGGUCGUACCCGAAUUCGAAUUACAUUUAUCAGAUCAACAGAUGCACAGAAUAAAUGUGAGCAUCCCCGAUGUUAUGUCUGAUGAUGGCCAAUGUGGCAUAAGUCAUUAUCUGAAAAUUCGUGAAAUAUUGUUGGAACAUUAAUACCUUUAUGUUCAAAAUAAAAAACAAAUUCUGUAUAUUUUAAAUCAAUAUUGCAAAUCAAAACUACACGAUAUUCCAAAAUAUUGCACCAUGCGUUAAGAAUAAAAUCCAACUUCUAUAUGCUUAAAAUAAUUACUGUAAACCAAACACUGCGCCAUUUCCAAUACCAAAUAUCAUAUUAUCUUUAAAUGCAUCGUAAUUUGUAUGUAUAACAGGCAAUUUCAAAACUAAGGCACAGGUGCUUGCUUCAGGGUAUAUUUUGGUGGUGUUAUGGAGAAAUUCAAUUGUGGGAGUUUGUUUAAAUCCUAACGGAGGUAUGGUCCUGCAUCCGGUCGUAAAGAUAAGUAUGUCUUGAAGGGAGACUUCUAAAUCGUCCGCUGAAACAUAAAUUUCCAAAUAAUUUAUUUGUGCAAUCCUAAUUAAAACAAACCUUCACAAUCUGCUACAAAAUUGUAAUAAUUCCCUAGAACUCUGUUUUCUAUCGAACGUAAAUUACUUCCUUGUGGAUUUAACACAGGGGAAAAUAGUUCCUUCAUCUUGCUAAAUGUUAAUUUGGUUGCGGUAAAACAAAAAAGAGAUUUCAUAUCAGAGGGAUAUUUAUUUAUCAAAUGGUGAAUUUCACAGGACUUCAAGCCACUUUCAAAUUGUUCCAGUGCAGGUCGUACUCUGAGAGCCACAUGAAAUUUACAGACAUCUGAAACAUAACAAAUACAUUGUUUUCAUUUGAAUUUUGACACGAGUGGUUUGAAUGUCGUUCAUUCGGAUAUGGGAUUACCUUGUUCUGUCUGUCAUAUUAAGUAAAUAGGCGGAUUCAUGGGUGGAAAUUGUGUCAUUAAGGCCCAGUCUUCUCACCUCCUAAUAACUAUUCUCCCAAUAAAUUCCAUAGAUACCAUUGUUGAUACAAUAGUUGUCUAAUAGUUAUCUGACAAAUAGAUUUAUUAGGAGAUGAAAAGACCGGCCCUAAGUAGAAUACACGUAAAUGUCACUAAAUUUGACGAAAAUUUUAUUCCUCAUCUUAUAAAUAAUCUGUAAAGGAUUUCUGAAAACUAAUAUCUAAUAACUACCUGCAAUAAGCUUUUCCUUUUCUGUUAUGUCGCUUAUGAAUGACCAUCCGGAUAUGGAAAUCAUAUCCUCAUCCAAAAUAAUAUUUUGCAGAUCAACAACAUCAUUACAGUCGUGCAUUGUAUGUAAAAUUGUUUUCAAUGUCCCUUCAGGCACAUCAUCUAUAUUAGGGGCCAUUCCAUCAAUUCCAUACAAUAAAAAAUCAAACAAUGCUUGAGAUAUAAAGUUGGGUCCACCAAAACCAUGUAGUAUUGACAUGCCUAUUAUUUGCCCACAGUAGUAAUAAUUAUUUGCCUGUAGCUGUUCUAUGCAAUAUGUCAAAUUUUUUGACUCAUUAUUGCCGUCAAACAAGCAACUUGUG